AUGAAUAAUAUUGCUUUUCUUUCCCUUGAUAGCUCUACUCUUUUUAAAAAUUUUUUUGACUUUCCUCAACAGUAUUUUGUACCCGGACGUCAUCAGAAGGGAAUGAAUAAUAUUGCUUUUCUUUCCCAUGAUAGUUCUACUCUUUUUGAAAAUAUUUUCUUUGACUUUCCUCAACUGUAUUUUGUACCCGGACGUCUUCAGAAGGGAAUGAAUAAUAUUGCUUUUCUUUCCCGUGAUAGCUCUAUUCUUUUUGAAAAUAUGUUCUUUGGCCAUCUUGAGGUUCUGCUUCUAUCUAUCUAUCUAUCUAUCUAUCUAUCUAUCUAUCUAUCUAUCUAUCUCAGUCUGCUUCUAUCUACCUAUCUAUCUAUCUAUCUAUCUAUCUAUCUAUCUAUCUAUCUAUGUUUCUAUCUAUCUAUCUAUCUGUCUAUCUCAGUCUGCUCUGAUGUAUCUAUCUCUAUCUAUCUUUCUAUCUCAGUCUGCUUCUACCUAUCUAUCUAUCUAUCUAUCUAUCUAUCUAUCUAUCGAUCUAUCUAUCUCAGUCUACUCGUAUCUAUCUAUCUCAGUCUGCUCGUGUCUAUCUAUGUCUCUAUCUCAAUCUGCUCGUAUCUAUCUAUCUAUCUAUCUAUCUAUCUCAUUCCUGUUCGUAUGUAUAUAUGCAUGCAUAUAUCUAUCUAUCUAUUCAUUGAUGUGUGUGCUCAAAUUCAAUUAUUUUGA